GACGACGACUCAAAUUUCCACCAUUUUAAUUUUAAACCCGAUUUGCGCCAACUUCAGUUUUGUCAUUAUUUCGAGCAUUUACCAAAAGAAAAUAAAAAAUAUUUCUGGGGCGGGCGGAAUUGCAUUUGUAGUGGCGCAAACAGCCGUCUUCAAUUUUAUAAAAAUCCAGAAAUAUACGCUUAAAUUUCCAAUAAAUCGGGGGAAGUUUUUGUGAAGGAAUUUUUCUUGGUUUGUGCCCAGGACAAUAUGGAUAAACAUAACACCGAUAUUAGUAAUUUAGCUGACUCGCUUGGGGUUUUAAAUUUAGAUAGCUUAAAAGCUUUUGGUGAGACAUCUAAUUCUUCCUCCACCAGCAGCAAACCAGUCAACGAACGCUUAAAUAAGGAACGACUAAGAGCUUUGGAAACCUUGGAAAAAGCCAGCAAAUCCGUAAAAUCUGAUGUAAAUAAAAUAAUACAGCAAAGCUUUGUAAAAAAAGAUUAUUUAAAAGUACCAGAUGAAAUAACUACAUCAUCAAAGUCCUCAAGAAAACUAAAUCGUACGGAAUAUGUGCCUUAUUGCCGACCAGAUUCCAUCAAUAUUUCCGAUUUGGUGACUGAUGAAAGUAUCAACCUAAACUUUAAGAGCACUAUUUCAACAAAUAACACAAAAGUUUCAUUCGAACCGUCGGAAAUAACUGGUCGAUCCACACAUUAUACAGAGCGAAAUUCACAUAAAAAUCCGAAAAACAGUAUUGCCACAACAUCUAGUCGGCUAUCAGUCGGUGACAUUCUCGCCACUUCAUUUGCGCCCAAAGCUCGAAAUCUCGGCGAGGCUUUAGGUGAACGCACUUCAGUAUCGAGCACUACAUUAGGAAGUUUAAAUAAUUCGCAUGUUUUACUUCGAACGGCUGAUUUAUCGCUUAAUACCACAGAUACAACAUUUGGUAAAGCUGCCGGCGGUCAGUUUUCAUUUAAUAUGACAAAUGAAACCGGAGUCAACUCCGAGGAAUUUCAGCCUGCAGAAAAAAUGCAGUCGAAGUUGUUGAUGGACGAAAUGGCUUGGGCACAAGAAUUCGCCACCAUACCAACAGCUGCAUUGAAUAAAGAGGAGAAGGAAAAAACAGUCGAGGGAAAGGAUUUUGAUCUACAAUCCAAUCCGAACAGCUCGAUUUUGGCGCGAGACCCCAAUUUUUCUAUGGGACGCUUUUUCAAUCAACGUUCAGAAGAUUUACAAAAUAUAGUGCGGUCAUUGAGUCCCGAGCGCAUGCGUCCUCCAAUAGCAUUGGUAGAUGAAACACAAAGUACACUUAGCUUGAGCACGCCAAUAGGAACUACGAAAGUCAUUGCAUCCACAAAUGACGUAGACUUAACACCCCAAAUUGAUAAUAGGACAUAUAGUAAAGCUCCAAACGUUGCUUAUAAUAGCAUAUUAGAAUAUGAGAAACAGAAAGGAGAUAAACAUGAGAGUAAAGAUUCCGGCAAUGGCACGAAAGAAGAAGAGGAAUCGUAUUUGCUCUCGCUGUCGCAUAUCAAAAAGGCCUUUACUAAAAACAUUGAUGGAGAUAUUUCAUCAACACAUCUUAUCGAUUUGUUGAAAAAACCAAAACGUAAUAAGUCACCUCAAAACCGCGAAAGAAACGAAUUACGGCAAAGCAGUGUUGCUCAGCAAUUUCAAUUUAAUAAGGCCCCACAAUUGGCUGUCGCAGCCCAUACAUCAGCCAGUGUAAGACAAUCCGUUGAACGAUACACAAAUAGCCUAAAUACGCUCGAGGAAUUGUUAUCAGAAAAUAAAGAAAAUUGGGAUCCACAAAAAAUGCGAGGAUCUGAAUCACAAGCUGACACAAUAAGUUUUAGCGAAUCAUUGCUGGAUGCCAGUGAUUUAAAAGAGUUGCAGCGCAGCAUAGGUCAACCACGAUCCCCGCUAAGCCCUUUAAAUAUACCAACUCUACGACUUUCACCUAAUGAAAACGAGAAUACCUGUGAAGAAAAGUCGUAUCGACAAUAUCAUGAAACACCCGAAAAGAUAAAUGGUAACUUCAAAUCGUCAUUUUCUAAGUCGACCACACCNAAAGAAAAGAUAAAUGGUAACUUCAAAUCGUCAUUUUCUAAGUCGACCACACCCAAAUCUUCCCCUUCAACAUACGCACAAACUUGCGGCAUUAAUCACAAAACCAUAACCCUUACGAAAAAGGAAGGUUCCCCAUCAUCGUUGAGUCCCUAUCUGCAGUUGCAGAAACCACUUUGUUCUACAAGGGUCGAUGAGCAAAAAAGUGAUUGUGAUGUUGUAGCUGUUUCACCGAAUCUUUCCAAGUCGCUGGCAUCGCCCAAGAAUAAUGCUGCUGAGCGCACCCUAAUGGCUACUGGUAGCCCCUAUAGCGGCCCUCCAACUCCAUCUCCACCCCGCGGUUUUUUAUCUUCACCAUCAUCGCCCGUUGCAACUGGCAUGGGUAUCGAAAAUUCACGUCGGGGUUGUGAGAACUGUUCGCCACAGGCGCGAGGAAAGCCACAAUCCAGCAGUAAUGUUAAGGUGCAACGCGCGGCAUCGUCACCGUCGACUAGCGAAGCCAGUGCCAAAAAUAUUGCACCAAUGCGCACAAAUAGCGCAUAUACUCUUAGAAAUGGCGGCGUUGUGCGCAGCGUCUCGCGUUGCUCCAGCAGCAGUGAAUUCAGUCAUCGUGACGGAAACGCAAUACCGUUAAAGGUUACCGCCGUUGAAUUGUCUUGGGGUAGCACACGUUUGAGAAAUGCUGCACACCGGACAAUGCAAGUGAAAAAUAUUGCGAGCAAAAGACUUACCUUGCGUAUAGAUGUGCACGGUCCCGGUUAUCAACUGUUGAAUUUGCCUGGCAAUAAUACGUUGACUUUGCAGUCUCAGGAAUGUCGCACAAUUGCGGUAAGCUUUUGUCCUACAGUUAUUGGUGCUGCCGUGGGCAAGCUUGCAUUUUACGCACCGCAAAAUGUUAAUGUUGCCCACAACAGUGCCUCCACUGCCAACAUGUCAUCGUUUUUGGAUAUCCCUCUAUAUGGUUAUGGUGGCCAUUGCAGCAUUGUGGCGCGGGAAGUGCACAUAGCGCCAGUUGGUAUGGCUUUCCUGCAAAUGGGCUACUUACACGAACUCUCACAACCCAUACAGCGCACUAUACGUGUUUACAAUAAAGGUCCGCUGCUGGGCUUCGCGCUCGCUUCAAUCGAUUCGGUUGGACUACGUUUGCCGCGAUUAUGCACUGCUUUUGAAAUACAGCCAGCAGCCAUGCUUAUACCGCCUGGUUCAACAGCGACUUUGCGUGUAGUUUUCCGGCCACAGCGUGAAGAUGUACGAAAAAUUACAAGACAAACAAAAUCCGUACUCACACUAGCCAAUUUGCGUUUAAUAUCUGGUGAUGAAGCAAAUAGGCAGCGCAUGCGCCAACUGGUGGCGCGCAUGUCGCCGGAGGAGCGCGUCAAUCUAAGUUCAUCUAAAUCUUUGGAAGCGUUGUGGGAAAAGCUGCCUGGUGAGAAGGAAAUUAAAGAGCUGCAGACGUUCAAGGAAACACCAAAAUUGACGUACGAUUUGCUAACCCACAUGCGUAUACACGAAGUUGCACUUACCAUUAACGAUGACUACUUGGACGAGACUAUCAAGUCGACAUCUUCGUUUUAUUUUCCCGAUGAGGAUGAGACAGUAUUGUUCCGCACAGUAUGCAGUCCAUCGCCCAGUAAUGCUGAUGGUUCGGGCCACGUUUUGGAUCGUGUGGAUGAAUUAAUAGAGGAGGAUGUUGAGCAAGCCAACAGUAACAAUUCGUCGACACGCGGCGAAGCUUGUUGCUGGUCUGUUUUGCCCAGCUCAUUAUGUUUUUAUAUGCGCGGUGAAGAACGCCCAUUGCGUUCAUCGAUUUUCAUUUGCAACUCAUUUAAGUCGCGACAAUACUUUGAAGUGAGCACGAACCGUAAAAACUUGUUGCAGUUGACGCCCUCAGAGGGUUAUGUGGAACCCGAUGGUGGCCAUUUAGAGGUGGAGGUGAGUUUGCUAUGCGACAAAUUGAAUGCGGAAAAUAAGCAGGAACCGUUCAACAUUUCGGUUUCUAUGGAAAAUGAACGUAUAAUUGUGCCAGUGGAAUUGUGCGAUGAGGUGCGUCCAGCGGAGAGUGUAUAAUGUGACAAAAAUAUCUGCUUUGUAAUUAAUUUUAAACAAUUUGCUGCAGUAUAGUUUUUGUAUUACUUACUUGUAUCUGUCUCCUCCUCUGUUCGUUUAAAACAAUGUUUACUUUUUUAUGCAAAAUAAUAUGUAUUUAUUUAUAUUUUAUAUGUUUAACUCUUUAAAAGCUAUGCAUGCACGGUUUUUACAUUUUGUUUCACAAUUCCUGCUGAUAUUUAUUAAUAAAUUUACCAACUAUUAAAGAAAACUAAAUCUCUUAUUUCUUCAAGUCUAAUAGCCUUAUCCAUGAAAAUUAAAAUGGAUUACAAUCGCUUUAUGAAAUGUAGGGUAUGUUCUUAAAUGUUAAAAUACAAGGCAUCUCUCUUUUUUUUUUAUUUUUUAACUCAGUAGAUUUCUUUAAAAAGAUGUCAGCUUUCUAAUAGGUUGCGCAAGUUGGAACUUUUCUUCGGGUGGGGUUAGAAAUAAAAGGUAUAAAAGGUAGAAUUUCGAACCUACUUUUAUAAUUAUGGGACUUGUUAGAUAAAUUACAUUUAUAAGAUUACUUUUAUAUUCAUAGUCACAUUAUUAAUAUUAAGUGAAACUGAUGCGCUAAAUAAUUCAAAAUAUUAAUAGGAACGUAAUAUGUGGUUCACACUUGAUAUGAAUAUAAAAGUAAUCUUGUAAAUGUAAUAUAUCUAACACGCCUCCUUACUUUUGUAUUCAAUAUUCAAUAUUCAUAUUAUUUUAUUUUAUUUUUUGAGUUAUUUAGCACAUCAGUUUUAUUUAAUAUUAUUAUUAAGUGUCAUCUCUAUAUUGUAAUUUCUGAAUUCUUCCCUUUUUAUAUUUUAUCGUUGCCGAGUAUGCUGUAUAUUCACACAG